AUGGAUUCAGUCAAUUCCCUAAGUAUUGAUGUCCAUCACCAUUCCUUUCCCCCUGCUUACAUCAAGUACCUCGAAGCCGCAAGUCAAAGGCCAGGCGGUUGGGUCACUGAGGAAUGGACCGCCCAGACCGCCUGCGACUACUGCCACAGCAAAGGCAUCGGUGUGGCCAUCUUAUCCUGCAUUCCAGGUGGGCCGCAUAGCAACGAGGAUCUACCACGGGCCAGUGAAUUCACCCGAGAGUGUAACGAAUACAACGCCCAGCUUGUGCAGAAUUCACCCAGUGGCUCUUUCGGCUUUUUCGCACAUGUCACGAAUUUAUGCGAGAUAGACUUGACACUCAAGGAGAUCGAGUAUGCCUUUCAGCAGCUAGACGCUGACGGCAUCACUCUGGCGACAAGCUAUCACAAGGACGGCCGUCUACACUACCUCGGAGACCCCCUUUUCACACCAAUAUGGGAUGACCUGAGUGCUCGCAAGGCUGUUGUCUUUGUGCACCCCGUACCAUCCGCCAACAUGGCGGCCAUCAAUGAAGCUCUUCCCGCGCCGGCUUUCGAGUUCCCUCAUGAGACUGGUCGAACGGCCAUUGAUUUGAUCACCAACCCGAGUAACAUGCUGAAAGGCCACGCGGCCGGCUGCAAGAUCAUCCUCAGCCAUGCUGGCGGUGACCUUCCCUACUUGAUAGAUCGAGUUGCCGGAUUGAUGAGCCUGGGUCCCCCUUCCUUGAGGCUCAAGAAAUCAUCGGAGGAGAUUUUGGCCGAAGCGCGUCGCUUCUACUACGAAACUGCGUUGAGCAGCAGUCCAAUGCAGCUCAAUGCCCUUAGCGCGCUGCUUGGGUCCAGCUCGGCUCACAUACUCUUUGGUACUGACUUUCCACCAGCGGGUGUGGACGCCAUUGACUAUUUCUCAAGACAACUGCAUGAAAGCCGGGUUGUCAGCGUCCAGGAUAUGAGGAGGAAUACCUUGCAGCUGUUUCCACGUUUCCGGGGACAGGUACAAAAGUAG